AUGGGACCUUUCCCAUCUUCGAGUGGGUAUAGGUACAUCCUCGUGGCCAUUGCCUAUGUCUCAAAGUGGGUGGAAGCUCAAGCUUUGCAUACUAAUGAUGCCCGAGUGGUGGCGAGGUUCCUUAAAAAGUUAUUCACACGUUUUGGAGUUCCUAAGGCCAUAAUAAGUGACCGUGGUACGCAUUCUUGCAAUUCCGCCAUGGAAAAAGCACUUGCUCGCUACGAUGUCACUCAUCGUCUUUCCACCGCAUACCACCCGCAAACUAGUGGCCAAGUAGAGAAUGCUAACCGAGGGGUGAAGAGAAUCUUAGAGAAAACGGUAGGAAAAACAUGUCAUCUUCCGGUAGAGUUAGAGAAUAGAGCUUUAUGGGCUUUGAAAAUAGUUAACCUUGACCUUACCGAAGCCGCUAGAAGGAGAUUCUUCCAAAUUCAUGAGUUGGAAGCUUUGAGGGAUGCCGCCUAUGAACGAUCUUGGAGUAUCAAGGAAAAAACUAAGGCGUUGCAUGAUAGGAGGUUGCGAGGAUUGAAGGAGUUUAAGGUAGGUGAUAAAGUGCUCCUAUUCAAUUCAAGGUUGAAAUUGAUAGCAGGGAAGUUAAAAUCAAGAUGGAGUAGACCGUAUGUGGUAAAGGAGGUGUUUCCAUACGUUACAGUUGAGUUGUACGAUGAAGUCGACAAAGGUGUGUGGAAAGUAAACGAUCAUCACUUGAAGCAUUACUUGGGAGGUCCCAUUGAUACUACCGAAGAGGAAGAAAUUCCUCUAGAGGACCUACCUACCUUCACCGAGCAUUGA